AUGAGUGAAUUAUCCAAUAGUGAGCUAGAAACUGCUCGUAAAUAUGACUUGACUCAAAAAGUCAUUCCAUUUUUAGACAGACAUUUGAUCUAUCCAGUCUUGGAAUCAUUAAGAGCUGAUGAUUUAUAUGAUGAUGAAGUUAUAACUCAAUUAACUUUUGAUUUAUUUAAAGAAACUAAUAUGACUCAAUUCGUUAAAGAUCAAUGGGAAAUUUUAAACCCAGGGAAACCAAUUCCAAACGAUAUUAUUACUAAAGAAGCUAAAGUUGAUGAAAUUUUUAAUAAAUUAAAUAAUGAUACUAAAGAAACUUUAGAUAUUUUAAAUUUACAAGAAGUUCAAGAUCAUUUAAAACAAGAUAAACAAUUUAAUAGAGAAUAUUUAGAGAAAAAUCAUGGUAUUACUGAAGCUAAGAUUAAUUCAUUAUAUGAAUUUGGUCAAUUUCAAUAUAAUCGUGGUGAUUACGUUAUGGCUUCUGAUUUAUUAAGUAAUUUUAGAGUUUUAUCAACUGAUACAGAUUUAAUUAUAAGUGCAACAUGGGGGAAAUUAGCUUCAGAAAUCAUUAGAUUAGAAUGGGAUUCUUCAUUAAAAGAAUUAAGUAAAUUAAGAGAAGUUAUUGAUUCAAGAUCAUUUGCAAAUCCUUUAACUCAAUUACAUCAUAGAACUUGGAUUAUUCAUUGGUCAUUAUUUCCAUUUUUCAAUAUUGAAAAUGGUUUAGAUCAAUUAUUAGAUUUAUUUUUCAGUUCAUCAUAUUUAUCAACAAUUCAAGCUGCAUCACCAUGGAUUUUACGUUAUUUAGUUGCUGCAGUAGUUGCAUCAGAAAAUUCAUCAAAUUCUUCAAAUUCAACAAAAAGUUUAAAUAAUUUAUCAAAUCCAACUUUUCAAAAAAGAUUAAAAGAUUUGAUUAGAGUUGUUAAUCAAGAACAAUAUGAAUAUAAUGAUCCAUUAACUGAUUUUAUUAAAGCUUUAUAUAUUGAUUAUGAUUUCCAAGAAGCAAAUUCAAAAUUAUUAGAAGCUUCAAUUAUUUUAAGAUCAGAUUUCUUUUUAGCAAAUAUUGCUGAUUCAUUUUUGGAAAAUGCUCGUCAUUUAAUUUCAGAAGUUUAUUGUAGAGUACAUCAAAGAAUAAAUUUACAAGAAUUAUCAAAAUCAUUAAAUUUAACAAAUGAAGAAGGUGAAAAAUGGAUUGCAAGUUUAAUUAAAGAAACUAAAAUGGAUGCUAAGAUUGAUGAAAGUGAAGGUACUGUUUUAUUAAAUCAUCCAAAUACAAGUGUUUAUCAACAAGUUAUUGAAAAGACUAAAGGUUUAUCAUUUAAAGCUAAUCAAAUCUUGGCAACUGCUUUACAAAAACAAGAUAAUGUUCAAUAA